UCCCCAGUUCAGAGGCGCGUUGUCACCGCGGAAAACAACCCCGAUCUGAACAGAAAGUAACCAAGUGAACUGAAUUGGCAGCUGCCUGAUAUAAAUAAUUAUUCAAACUAUUGAAACGCAAAAAACAUCAGAUAAAACUAGUGGGUUGUUGGUUGUCUGCGUGGCAGUAUUCCUGCGUUGAUUAGUAAGGUGGAGUCAACUCCUUGCCCACUGCAAGGGCUCACUCCCCUAAGGAAGUGGCUGGUUCGGUAGUUUCUGCGUGCAAGUUCUUCAUUUGGAUACCGCAGUAUUUAAUUUGAUCAAAUUUCACAGAUUAAUGCACACGUCUCUGACAAAGCCAGAUUUCAGCAACGGUGGAUUCCAGUUUUUGGGAAAACUAUUUCUGUUGGCCGACUUAAAAAAGACUUAAUGCUAAUUAAAAUUAAGCAUUUUUGGGAUUACUUUGGCUUACGACGGGUUUUAUUUAUUUUACUUUUCGCCUUGGCUGUCCCCUGCGCCUUUCUGGUACGUGUUUGGACAAAGUCGCAGGAAAAAGAAAGAAAUGUCCCAUAACGGAAAAGAUGCACCUGCUCCCGAUGACUCCUCACAGAUCAGCCUGCAGGCCUGUCUGGAAGAAUGCAUGGAGGCGGUGGAUCUCUUCCUCAACAAUCACUUCUCUGAGAGUCUGGACAAGCUACGGCCUCGUGUGAACGAGAGCAUGUACCAUGCGCUCAUAUACGCCACGGUGCUGGAGAUGCAGGCCAUGAUGACGUUCCAGCACGAUGACAUCGUCCAGGCUGGGAACACCAUGAAGAGUGCCCAGGAGGUCUGCCAGAGGUUCAGGAGGAAGUCCCUGAGCUUGUCCAGUAAAUCAUCUGCAGACGCCCUCACAGAAGAGCAGCUUCAUGCUGAAGUGUGCUAUGCCGAGUGCUUACUCCAUAGAGCCGCCCUCACGUUUUUGCAGGAUGAAAACAUGGUGAAUUUCAUUAAAGGAGGAAUCAAAAUACGCAGCAGCUACCUGAUUUAUAAGGAGCUCCACGCUUUAAUUCAGGCUCACCACUCACUCAGAGGACCCAACCACCUUCACUUGGAGGGAGGGGUGUCCUUCGGGAUUGGAGCUUUCAACUUGACUCUGUCUCUGUUUCCUCCCCGGAUUCUCAGACUUCUGGAGUUUGCUGGAUUCUCUGGAGAUAAGGAAUACGGGCUGUCUCAGCUGCAGGAGGGAGCCACUUCUCUGAACCUGCGCUCCAUGCUGUGUGCCCUACUGCUCCUGUGUCACUACACCUUCCUGUCCUUCAUCCUGGGGACCGGUGAGGGGGAAGUGACUGACGCAGAGAGGCUGCUGAAGCCAUUCCGGGUCCGAUACCCGCACGGUGCUAUAUUCCUGUUCUUUGCAGGACGGGCGGAGGAGAUCAAAGGGAACAUUGACGAGGCGGUGGCGCUGUUUGAAGAUGGCUGCAGGGCCCAGCAGGCCUGGAAGCAGUUCCACCACAUGUGCUACUGGGAGCUGAUGUGGUGCUUCACUUACAAACGCAUCUGGAAGAUGGCCUACUUCUACGCAGACCUGCUCAGCCAGGAGAGCCGUUGGUCCAAGGCCAUGUACGUGUACAUGAAGGCCGCCUUCCUCAGCAUGCUGCCACCGGAGGAGGCCCGGCCGUUUGGAGACAAUGAGGUGGAGCUCUUCAGACGGGUGCCCUCCUUCAAGCAGAAGAUCGCCGGGAAGUCUCCUCCCACGGAGAAGUUUGCCAUCCGCAAGGCCAGGCGCUACAAGGCCUCCAGCCCCGUCAGGCUCCCGGUGCCUGUGCUGGAAAUGAUGUACAUGUGGAACGGUUUCACCAUGAUAAGCAAGAGGCCUGAGCUGACCAUGGGAAUGAUGGAGACUCUGGUGGAAGCAGAGCGCACCCUGCAUGAUAACCCCGUGAAUGAGUAUAACGUAGAUGACCACUGUGUGAUUCAGCUGUUGAAGGGACUGUGCCUAAAAAAUCAGGGGCAGACUCAGGCAGCAGAGGACUGCUUCGACAAGGUGUACAGAAGUGAGAAGAAGAUUAGGUUUGACCACUACCUGGUGCCCAACGCCCUGCUGGAGCUCAGCCUGCUAUACAUAGACCAGGGCCGCAGGGAGCAGGCUGUCAAACUGCUGCAGAAAGCCAAGAACAGCUACAAGGAGUACUCCAUGGAGUCGCGCACCCAGUUCAGAAUCCAUGCCGCUCUCUCCAAGCUACAGGCUGACACCACCGACACAGAUGAGGGCACAUACCUGUGAUGAACGUCCGCCCUGAGACCCAACCCACAUCACAGCCCCCGGGCGACUCUCAGCACUGCCCAGCACACUUCCAGUGACUGACACAACUGUGCCCAAUGAGAGACUGCCACAGAAACAGAACAGCUUGCGUUUCAAAGCCACAGCCACUGUACGGACAGCCAUUCCGGUGCACCAACACUUUGUUGCUCAUAGUUAAUCAGAUUUUUAUUUUUUUUGUUGGUCCAAUUGUAAUUCAUGGAAAGCACAUGUAACCGUUAUGUUUGAGGUUACGGUCAGUUAAUUUCUUUAAAAUUGCAGACUUUUGUUCCAAGUUCUUAAUCAUACACAUUACACAGAACCAUAUGCAGGGACUAACUAAUCGGUCUUGGGAUAAACAGCAGUGAAAAUAUGGCAGUGUGCUUGCACUGUACUGAAUACCAUUAGUGGCCUGAAAAUACUACUUUGCUAUUAUUUGAAGGAUGUUCCAUUAAUUCACCUAAGGUGCUAGUAAAUAAUCAUGUUUCUAUGAUGGCAUACUGAAGGUAUGAUGGAAUAAUGUGGAAGUAGCCCAGUUCUUGUCAUUUUAUAUUAAUAUUUAUUCAUGAUCUUUUAUCUACAUAACACAGUGAGCGAGAAAAAAAUCUUAAUUCCUUGUUUGUAUAAUAAAUUCAUCUGUGUGUUAUGUACACAGAAUUAACUUGUA